CCGUCAUCAUCAUGGCCCCAUCGACGACCAGCACAAUCGAUCAUGGCGAUGAUUCAUCUCCAGGUCCAGAGUAUGCCCACGCUUCGUCCCUCCCGUUGUCACAAUCGCUGCGCGAGCAGGAGCUGCAGCGCAAACGUGCCAGGGACCGCAAGUCCCAGCAGGCCAUGCGUGAUCGGAACAAGUGGGCAAUCCAGACGCUGAGUGAUCAGGUUGCCUGCCUUACGAGUGCUCUCGAUGAACGGAACCGUGCCAUGAGCCUCUUGGAAACGAAGAUGGGGUACCUGGAGAGCGAGAACUCCCAGCUACGGACCCAGAAUGCGGCUUUGCAGCUUAGUCUCAUGGGCCGUGAUGGUCUGGGUGAGGAAACUGGCCACAGCCCUGGUGUUGUUAGCAAUGCUAGCAGCAUUGGGCCAGCUCUAUGGGAGUUGCACCCCAAAAACACUCCGCCGAGUUGCCUCGCGGACCAGAUUCUCCAGGGAUUUGUCGAUGGCAUCAGGACCGAAGGUGUUUUGGUGCCGUCGUCUCCUGGAGAAAGGGCUGCGAGGUUCCCAUUGCGGCCGAACUUGUGCAGUCUCCUCGACAAGAGCCACCACUCAGAAGACGACAUUAGCAACGUCGUGGCUGACGUGCUGAGAACCUAUUGUGAGAUUGAAGGUCUACCCAAGCAGGUGGCCGUGUUCUACGUCAUGGGGGCUUUACUCAAGCAGUGGAUGGUGCUUCUCGAUAAGCAAAGCUGGGACCUCAUGCCCGACUGGCUGCGACCCGUUCCCAGCCAACUCACGACGCCCCAUUCAGCGUGGAUAGAUCGUAUUCCAUGGCCCCGAGCGCGAGAGUAUCUUAUCAGUCACCCGGAGAUCACACUCGACGACUUUGCUGCCCCCUACAGCUCGGGCUUCAAGCUAAACUGGCCUUACGACCCAGCUUCGGUUCUUUUGGCCGCGUCUGUCAACGGCAACGGCACCGCAGAAAUAGCCAUUAACCCCGUCUACGAGGAGCACAUGCGUCAAAUCAGGAACUGGACGGUGGGAGAGGCGUUUCGCAACCGAUUCCCGGACCUGUCGCACCUAAUCGACCUCGACUCGGGCCAGGCCUCCGUUUCCUCCCCGGUUGGCCCACCCCAACACUCUCCAUGA